UUCUCCCCCCAGACGUGGAGCCCAGCAGCGGAGUGUACUCCUGCUUCAUGAAGUCCCAUCGCUGCUACGACCUGAUCCCCACCAGCUCCAAGCUAGUCGUCUUCGACACCUCUCUGCAGGUGAAAAAAGCCUUCUUCGCGCUGGUCACCAACGGCGUGCGGGCCGCCCCGCUGUGGGACAGCAAGAAGCAGAGCUUUGUGGGGAUGCUGACCAUCACCGAUUUCAUCAACAUCCUCCAUCGCUACUACAAGUCGGCCAUGGUUCAAAUCUACGAGCUGGAGGAGCAUAAAAUUGAAACGUGGCGAGAGGUGUAUCUGCAAGACUCCUUCAAACCGCUGGUCUGCAUCUCCCCCAAUGCCAGCCUCUUCGACGCCGUCUCCUCACUGAUCCAGAACAAGAUCCACCGGCUGCCCGUCAUCGACCCGGACUCAGGGAACACCCUCUACAUCCUCACACACAAACGCAUCCUCAAGUUUCUCAAGCUCUUCGUAAGUCCUGCCCGCCGGGGUCCUCGCCACGUGGGGGCUCGUGUAAUCUGCCCCCUUGCUGCCCUGGCUCAGGCGCUCGGCCCGUUGCUGUGGGGCAGAGUGAGCAGCAGGUGGGGUUUGCUCUGGGGCCAGCGAGUGCAGCUCCCCCCAUUCCCCCCCCGUGCCCAGAACCUGGCGGCCGAGAAGACGUACAACAACCUGGACGUGACGGUGACGCAGGCGCUGCAGCAUCGCUCGCAGUACUUCGAGGGGGUGCUCAAGUGCUACAGACACGAGACCCUGGAGACCAUCAUCAACCGCCUGGUGGAGGCCGAGGUCCACAGGCUGGUGGUGGUGGACGAGAGCGAAGUGGUGAAGGGCAUCGUCUCCCUCUCUGACAUCCUGCAGGCGCUAGUGCUCCCGGGCGGGCCCUGGCCCUGAGGAGGGGUCCCGCUGCCUGUCUGAGACUGUCGCCGAGGUGGGGCUCUGAAUGACAGGGACCAAGGAUGCUAGACCCCCCCCCCCAGCACCCAUCACGCGUUGGCCCUGCCACUGCUCCACCAGCAUCACGCCUCCCGAGCCAGCUGCACACCGGCCAAAAGUCAGCAAUAAACCCCCCAGUUCUCCUGGGCAGGCUGGGCCCCAGGCCCCACCAGCAUGUCAGUUGGCUGGGGGGAUGCUUGCUGGCAUCCUGCACUGGUGCUGCCAGCCCCUCCGAAACGGCUAGGGAAGCCCUGUGUGAUCAGCUGCCCCACGAUGCUGGACCUGUUCCCAUUUCUGCGCCCUGGGGCCCUUUGGCCACCCCCUGGGGGCUGGAACAGUUUCCUUAUUUCAACCCCCGCCCCCCAGGGGUCAGAACUCAACCAGCUCCUGCCCUGCAGUGCCCCACAGCCCUGCCCCUGGGCAUCUGGAACUCCACCCCCCCGUUCGCCAGUGAUUCCCCCCUUCCCUAAAAGUCCAAACCUUGUUUUUACUGAGCACCGUCUUCGCAGCCUGGCACCGGAGCCCCAGCCCGGGGCGGGGGCCUGCCUCACUCUUCCUCUCACUGCCACAGGGUUGGAACCUGGCAUGCCCGGCUUGAGUUGGAGUCUGGGCCGGCAGCCGUUGGGGGAGGAGUUUCCCAGGUGCUUGUGCCUGGGCCCCACUGCCUGCGGCAUCUGCACCCAUUGCUGCUCGGUUACUGUAAGUCUAAUAAAAAGCAGGCCGUGGGUCUGGAUGAAGUUA